AUGUUCUUUACUGCCAAUAACCAUUUCAGCGUUAUAAAGUCCCUGUUAACUGAACACGUGGAAAAGUAUCUAAACGAGAGAGGGCAGUCAAAGAUGGUGAUGAUGGGGACGGGUGGGGUUGCCAACAUGCUGCUCACUAACUGGUUCGCCAUGCUUCUAUAUGCGCCUAUCAAGCACACAGUGGGCUCUUCCUUCUACAAGUUGUUCUUGGCCAUCAAGUACCAGAUCAAAAGGGGUCCUGUUGAUGACGUCACUGGUCAGUCCCUCUACAGUUUGAACGCUGAUUGGCUGAUCAACAGAAGAAUAGAGUUUAAAACAUUGACACUCGUCGUCCUUGGACCAGACAUCCAACUGAAGGAACGACGUCUGCUUCGAGUUCUUGACUGUGACACCGUCGAUCAGGUGAAGGAAAAAAUUCUGGAUGCCCUCUACUGCAACCUGCCCUAUUCAAACAGACCUAGGAAGGAUUGCUUGGAUCUAGAGUGGCAUACGAGUUCGAAGGUGAGAAUUAGACUGUCAGAUAAUGCAACAUCUAAAAGUUUCAACAACUUGCAACACGCCAACAACACAAGUUACAACAGCAUAUACAACAUCAACAACAACAAUUUUAAUUAUCUGCCGACUUUAUCUUAUUACCGUGUUGCCGACAUGUCUGUCAUGGCCUUAGUUCCCAAAAUUUCAAAUCAAAAUUUUCACUGCUGUCUAGAAGAGAAACUAUCCAACAACAAAAACAAGAAUAACUUUUCAAACAACAACAACACCAACAACUUCUAUAGGUGCAACAGCAAUAACGCUAACAUCAACAACAAUAACACACACAUCAGCCCCACCACUAUUCUUAACAACAUUACUAGCAACAAUAACAUCAACAAAAUUUCCAACAAUGUCAUCAACAAUAUCAACAACAACAACAAAGAAAAAAGCCGACACAACAUACAGAAGGGAUGUCUGAAUGAUGCUUGCAAUAAUUUCAGCAUAAUUCAGCAUGACAACAAUGAUAAAACCAUUAAUACUAUUACUACUACUACUAAUAAUAAUAAUAAUAAUAGUAAUAAUAAUAAUAAUAACUCACGCCGCACUGAUAAUGAUCAGAACAAUCGAUUGACGCCACGGCAUUUGGUGUCCAACUACUCUGAUGACCGCAGUAAAACGUUACUGACCGCAUCUCGACUGACCGACCACGAUAACGAAUUCAUAUCUGCCGUGUGCACUACUAAGAAAGUUCUUGAAAGUUACAUCUUUGAUCUGUUCGAGGUGAUCUUCUCAGUGCAGUACCGAACUCCAAAUACGUCAAAUACCGUCGAUACACACCAAAUAUACCGCAGUCAGCAGACGAACUCCAUAGCAGCAUCACCGGCGCCAAAAACACCAGCAGCUUAUCACGCUCAAUUCAACAGAACAGCAUUUCAACAGCAAUGCAACACAACAGACCGCAAAUCGCUGACGAACAACAACCAACAACACCACCACCAACAACAACAGAACCAACAACUCAAUCUUUCAUUAUUGAUGGCACCCAUUAAGUUCAUCUUUGACUUCCUUGACGAGCAAGCUCUCCAGUACGGUGUCGAUGACACGAAAGUUGUCAACGCGUGGAAAUCUAACAGCCUACCUCUACGCAUCUGGUUGAGCCUAAUAAAGAAUGUUGAUCGUCUGUUUGACGUAAAACUGACGCCAUCCGUGAAACGCAAUCUGUCCGCCGUAGCCCAAAUAUUUAGAGACUGUUGCUCUAGUGAUGUUCGCAAACUGACGAAGGAUUCUAAGUUCAGUGAGCUGCUCUUUGCCAGGGAAGUCAAAAAAUUCAAAAGAGUCGUUGAACAUUAUUACGAAUCCGUCAAAAAGCUUCCAUCAUUAUCCCAUCACGAAUUGUUAUCUGACAUAUCUGAAUGUAUCUCGGAACAUGCGGACAGUUUCAACAUGGAAAGAGCAUUGUUGGAGUUGUACCACUUCGUUGAAGAUCUCAGUGUUGAACUAAUGCAAUCAUUGAAUGAAAAUGAGAUGGCUCACAAAUCCAACCUCUCAUUUCACCUCAGCCAACUAUGUCUCUCUAUGUCGAUAAUAUAACAGCUUAUAUACUCGAUCAAAUAUUUCCUUUGUUAUAAUUUGAAAUUAAAUUUGAAAAUUGUACGGUUAAUAUCUUAUUUAUUUACUUUUUUUUCUUUUGAUUUGUUUAAUUUAACAUUUUUAAUUCAUCAGUGUAACGUUGGUUUUGAAUUGUGGCAAUCUUUUUCUCCUGCAAAACUUUAGAUAAACAUUUAAAAUAAUUUUUUUCUUAAAGUUUUUCAAAUUUUAUGCUCCUUUUUACUUUUCAUUAAUACUUCUCAAACGUAAUUUAAUUAUUUGUAAUUGUACUGUUUGAUUUUUUUCUUAGUUUUAUUCAAAAUGGGUAUUUUCUUCUGGUAACGGUAAAUUUUCGUUUUCUGAAAGUUUCUUAUUACAAUUUGAAGUUCGUCAUGCUUCAACAGGUUGUUAUUUUUCAUUUUAAGAGCCAAAUACUUGUGACACUUUGUGACAUUUCUUUUAAAAAAAACAAAACAAUAAA